UAUUGGAAGUGCACCUGGUGCACCGCUUCCGCUAUUAACAUCAGCCGGAGGUGUUUUGGGGAAGUUAAAGCUUCGGGGGGAUUUCUUAUAAUUAUUUAUUUUAUUAUAAAGGAAUUAGUAAAAAGCGCCGUUUUUGUUAUAAGGUAAAAACUUUGUAAAAGCGGGGGUUAAUUUGUUUGAGGGCUUGAAUGAUGGUGUUACACGGACACUGUCUGUAGCAGAAAGCUAAAGGAGCUAAGGGCCACAUGCAAAGGCAUUACUAUCCAAGGGAAGAGAAAUCGAUUCGGCGCAUGCUUCCCGCCACUGUUUUAAACCACUGACGCCAAAAUGCCAGAUCAGCAGCCGAGCCCUCCCUCAUUGUCUCAGGUGUGUGUGUGUGAGGGUCAGCGAUGCUGACGCUGGCAAGUAAGCUGAAGAAGGAGGAGGGGAUGAGCAGAACGACGUCAGGCUCCAACGAGGCCCCGCACAGAGUGUCCAUACGAGACCGUCUCCUUAUUAAAGAAGUUGCAGACCUCGAGGCGAAUCUUCCUAAUACCUGUAAGGUCCUGUUCCCUGAUGUGAAUAAACUCCAUCACUUUCAGCUCACCAUUUCUCCAGAUGAAGGAUAUUAUCAGGGAGGAAAGUUUCAAUUUGAAAUAGAUGUUCCUGAAGCAUAUAACAUGGUGCCUCCAAAAGUGAAGUGCUUGACGAGAAUAUGGCACCCAAACAUUGCAGAGACGGGAGAAAUCUGCCUGAGCUUACUGCGUGAGCACUCAAUCGAUGGCACAGGUUGGGCUCCAACACGUACAUUAAAGGAUGUCGUAUGGGGGUUGAAUUCACUAUUUACCGAUCUUCUUAACUUCGACGAUCCACUAAACAUAGACGCAGCAGAGCACCAUCUACGGGACAAGGACGACUUUAGGCGCAAAGUGCAGGACUUCAUCAAAAACUAUGCAAGAUGAUGCGCACCAACCUGCAGUUAUACUGCCGAGACCCACCGAGAUGAAAAAUCCCGCAGCAUUUACACGACGGGAAGACGAGAGAAUGAAGGAUUCUGUGGAUCUCGAAUCUUCAGCAUGAACUUAAACAAACUAAAAAGUUAAAUAAAUAAAUAAAUAAAUAAAUAAAUAAAUAAUAGGGGGUUGAUUUGGGAGGGUUUUUUUCAGGAUUUCUUCGUUUACUUUUUAAUUAUUGCUCAGGGCUCGUUUGCCGCGGAAGCCCACAAUCGCUGCCACAAAGCUGGUUCUGCAUCAUACAGUUAACAAUAAUAUUAUUAUUAUUAAUAACAUAAAAAUAAAAUUAUUCAAUGCAAUGUUAACAAAAAAAAAAAGACAAGCGCUCUCUGUUCCCUCACGCUAGCGAUAACAGCACAAACCCGCACGCGCUGAUUUAUAGUUUUACGUCUGACGUCCAGCAGUAGUGCUCACGGCCGCUCCUAAUUUUGCAAGGAAACACACGCUAAAACACGUCUGGAGCCUCACACUGCUUGAUGUGUGUACGAUAUAUACAGUAUAAAGCCACACUCCCCAGUUCCCUGAUCCUCUGACUGAGUAAAGAGAGAUGUGUGUAAACUCCG